UCAUAUCAUCAAAUUUGGUGAUCUUCUUCAGUCCGCCCGUCAUUUGUGUGAUUCCAUUGAAACGAGGACGGAAAAUCAUAAAAAGAUGACUGAUUUCAAUUCGAAUGAAACAAACAAUUCACUUCUCUCAUCUGCAAGCUCAUUUUCUUCUUUUUUGCCAGUACCUGGAAUUCUGGAGCUCAUUCCUCCAUUUGUUCGGGAUAUGUGCAAGUCGCCGAAAAACGUGGAAAUGAGAGUUGCAUUCGAUGCUCCAACUCAACAAUCGACUUAUACAUAUUCUAUCAAUUGGGAAGACAAUGAGAACUCGGACGACAAGUAUCUCAAAAUUCUCCAGAAAUCGAUCAGUAGAUCCACGAGUAUUGGCUCACUCAACACUAUCAAAUCGACCACUGUCGUCCAUGAUGUCCCUCCGCCAGUGACUGCAAUCUGUGAUGGUCCAUGCAAGAAAGCAUUCCCAUCCAAUCUUCUGAAUACAAUCGGAAGAUGUGGACACUAUCUGUGCACUGCUUGCUAUGGAAUUCUCAAAAAUUCGGAUGGAACAACUGGAUGUAGUUCGAGAAUGUGUUAUUGGAAGGGAAAAGAUCGGAAAGAAGCGAAGAAAAACUUUGAGAAAGAAGUUUGCCGUAAGCAACGUCUCCGUGCCCGUGAAAUGAAAUCUCGUGGAAUUGAUGUCAAAUCAGCUUCAUCUGCAUCGAGCCGUACGAGUCCUUCUCCACAUGAAAGUUCUGAGGAGACGGAUUGUGCUGUCGGGUCGGUGAUGGACAACCUUUCCAAUGCAAAGGGAGACUUCCGGCUGAUUUAUCCAUUGCUUCAGGAAAUGAUUGGUGUAAAGCUGUAUGUUUUGGAGCAGCUGGAUAUUCUCGGAGUUCAACACAACGUUGUCGAAUUGGAAGUACAAUCGACCACAAAAGUCAACAGAGUGAUCACUUCGCUUCUUCGCGAAUACUUCCAAACGUUGCCACCUGAUCAAUCGGGAGUACUGUACCACGUGGAAUUGGAGCCUGGAUGGUCACGUAGAGUUCGAAGAGUUAGGACUAAACAGUACAACUCUCUGGAAUUGUACAACUUUUCCAAGGUCGAUGAGUACAUUGUGUUUGUGAUGGAUUUCGGUGCAUUUCUCAAAAACGGAGUGAAGAUCAAUUUUGUGUAGAAGACAUGAGAGAAUAAUGCUUUUUAUGAAUUGAAUAAAGGGUUUCCGUGGGAUG